UCUGUCUAACUCCAUCGCCACAUUAAGCUAUUCUGUCUCCUACUCUUUUGUUACUUUGUCUGUCAGCCACUGUGCCAUGAAGGAUGUAACAGUGAGACAGGACGAGGCGGUCACAUUCGGGGCCUAGCAGAGGGGAUGUCCAGGCCACAAGAGAGACAAUUGUCGACAACCAGAAAUGUUGAACUGCCACCUCAAAUAGGAACGUUCUGUGUGACCCAGAGCACAUCCAUUCCCCUUUAGGCUCUCUUUCUGCAGUGUAGGGAAAUUAGAGGGGCUGAUUCCGUGUAACUGCCUAAAAAGCUUCCAGACUCUUCCCUGAAAGGUACUGGAGAGAGUCCAUCCCAUCUCCUGGCUGAUGCUCCUGUGCACCUACAGCAACGGAAUGGCUGGUCACGUUGUCCUUAGGGCAUCAGCCUGGACCACUGGGGCUUCCAGAGAAAUCGAAAUAAACAGCUUCUUUAAAAGCCCUAGGAAACCAGCAAACCAGCUCCUCCCUCAGUGCCAUCUUGAUCAGCAUCGCUUUACCUGUUGGUUUCUUCCUUUGCCAUUUCCUUGGUGCCUGGCAUAGACCUGGAGCCUGGGACGGCCUGACGUCUCACGGUUACAACUGGGUCCAAAGCCAGCUGGGUGCUGAGACUUCGCCCUCCUAAGACUUGCAGCUCCCCAGCGCCCACACCUUGGGUCCCCUCACCUCCCUGGCCAGCCAGUUCAUCAGCCCAGGUCACAGUAUUAGCAGCCCCUCAUUUCAAACUUUUACUCUCUGUCAGUCUUUGUGCCAGGUGCUUAUACACAUCUCAUUUCAUCCUUAUCUACUGUGAGGAAAGCGAGAUUCAGAGCAAUUUCACAGAUCAGCCAGGGUCAGUGUUAGGAAGUGGCUGAGCUGAGAUUUGAAACCUGGGUCUUUGUGAAUGAACUUCUCUCUUGGAACAGCUGUGCUGGAAGGGGCUCCCCCUGCCAGGCUCGUGUGUUCUGGGAUAGCAACGUAGUCAAGAGCAUGGUUUCAGGAGCUGGACAUCCUGGAAUUUAAGUGCUGCUACUCAUCUUGUAUAGCCACAGGCAAGGUGAUCAAACGCAGCUCCUCCCUUACAACAGGGAUGGCAGUAAUAAGACCCAGCUCUAAAGUCACUAUCAAGAUUAAAUGGGUGUGGGCUUCCCUGGUGGUGCAGUGGUUGAGAGUCCGCCUGCCGAUGCAGGGGACACGGGUUCGUGCCGCAGUCCGGGAAGAUCCCACAUGCCGCGGAGCGGCUGGGCCCGUGAGCCAUGACGGCUGACCCAUGACCGCUGACCCAUGACCGCUGAGCCCGCGCGUCCGGAACCUGUGCUUCGCAGUGGGAGAGGCCACAACAGUGAGAGGCCCGUGUACCGCAAAAAAAAAAAAGAUUAAAUGGGUGAAUACAUGCAGAGCACCGUGUCCAGGCCUGCUGACUCAGUGAGCACUCAUCACUCGCUCCUCUCUGAGUGCCUUCUCAGGCUUUGCUACAGGGGCCUCUCCACCCCAUCAUGCAGGGCAGGCUCACCUGUCAGCCUCUGUAUUGGGAUUUCCCAGCUGCUGACUCAGUGAGGACACGUGAAUUUACAGCGGUGGCUCAGGACACAGUGGUCCACUUGAGCCCCAGUGCUCUGCUCUCAGCGAGCCCUGCUCCAGGCUUUGGGUGAAACCCACAUGCAUCGCAGUAGAGAGUGUCUGACACCCAGCACGGUGCCUGGAGCCCCACAAGCACCUGGCACAUUUGAGAAGGAAGCUGAUGACCAUCCAGACUGUGCUGCCAUCCUUCCUCUGCACAGAGGUGUCCUGGGUCCCUGCAGUGGUCCAGAUGCCUGGUUUCCCAGGGCGCUGUACCCCAGGCAUGACUAGGGGGCUCAGAGCUGGUUUUGUGCCUGUAAUAAAUGGGCACAGGGGACUCCUGCCAGAGAUAUAGGCCUUUCCUCAUUGAGUCGGCAGGCACCAAGGACUUGGGUUUGAAUAACUGUGACCCUCUCUGAGGGUGACAGCUAAGGCCCUGUAUAGACUAUGAACAUUGAAGUAGGACAUUUGAUGUGGCCAGCCAUUUGGAAAAGGUGAGCAAUAGCAAGCAGUGAGCACAGCAGAUGUUAGUCCUGAGUCUCACACCACCCCUGGCCCUCUGGGGCAGAAUCACUGCCCCCCCAUUCCUCUCCAUGGCUAAGGGAGAGGAAGCCUUCUCCAGGAAGCCUUCCGACCAAUCCCAGCUGACUCAGAUGGUCCUGCUAAGUGGAAUCCCCAUUACAGAGUACUUUGCCCAUCUUCUCACUCAAUGGAAGGUGGCUAUUAAACACAUUACUUUGGGAUUUUAAAAACCUAAAGCGUUAAUGGUUUAUUUUUAUGCUGAGUUUAAAAAUGAUCUAUACCCGGGCUUCCCUGGUGGUUGAGAGUCUGCCUGCUGAUGCAGGGGACACGGGUUCGUGCCCCGGUCCAGGAAGAUCCCACAUACCGCGGAGUGGCUGGGCCCGUGAGCCAUGGCCGCUGAUCCUGCACGUCCGGAGCCUGUGCUCCGCAACGGGAGAGGCCACAACGCCCUGAUCGAGUCCCUCAACCAGAAACCACAGUCGGCCAGCGACCAACCACAACCCACAGAGGCAACCCAGGCGACCCAUAGGAAAGCAGGUGGGGCCGGCACCCCCUCGGCCAACGGUGAAGCCGGAGGAGGAGAGAGCACCAAAGGCUACACUGCCGAACAAGUAGCGGCCGUGAAAAGGGUCAAGCAAUGUAAAGAUUACUACGAGAUCCUGGGGGUGAGCAGAGGGGCCUCAGAUGAGGACCUGAAGAAGGCCUACCGCAGACUGGCCCUCAAGUUCCACCCUGACAAGAACCGUGCGCCUGGCGCCACUGAAGCUUUCAAAGCCAUUGGCACAGCAUACGCAGUACUUAGCAACCCAGAGAAAAGGAAGCAGUAUGACCAGUUCGGCGAUGACAAGAGCCAGGCAGCCCGGCACGGCCAUGGGCACGGGGACUUCCACCGCGGCUUUGAAGCUGACAUCUCCCCUGAAGACCUCUUCAACAUGUUCUUUGGAGGUGGCUUCCCAUCUAGUAACGUCCAUGUCUAUAGCAACGGCCGCAUGCGCUACACGUACCAUCAAAGGCAGGACCGCAGGGAGAACCAGGGUGAUGGUGGGCUGGGGGUGUUUGUCCAGCUGAUGCCCAUCCUCAUCCUGAUCCUCGUGUCAGCUCUCAGCCAGCUCAUGGUUUCCAGUCCACCCUACAGCCUCAGCCUGAGACCGUCGGUGGGCCACGUCCACAGGCGAGUCACUGACCACCUGAACGUCGUUUACUACGUGGCAGACACGUUCUCUGAGGAGUACACAGGCUCCAGCCUCAAAAUGGUUGAACGGAAUGUGGAAGACGAUUAUAUUGCCAAUCUCCGAAACAACUGUUGGAAGGAGAAGCAGCAAAAGGAAGGCUUGCUGUACCGGGCCCGCUACUUUGGCGACGCAGACAUGUACCACAAAGCACAGAAGAUGGGCACCCCGAGCUGUAACCGACUGUCAGAGACUAUGAAAUCCCUGGAGAAUUUGUGGUGACAUGCACUGAGCCAAGGUGACGAACUGUAUAUUUAAGGAAAGACAAAAAAAGAAAAAAAAUUAAAAUGGAAUUGGAGGCCGGACGCUGCACAACUGCCCUCUCUCUCACCCAGUAACUGCAGAAAGCUGUUAGGACAGACAGGAAAACCUGACAUGGGGCUGCUUCCCUUCCUCCCAGGGCUGGCAGAAGCUCAGGCUUCUCAUCGGCUCUCUCCUAGGAUACAGAAACCAUGACAACGAAAGUAGAAUGUAAAACUUGCAGCAAAUGUCUGUAGGAAGGGCUGGGGAGGGGGCACCCAACUGCCUUUCUUCCCCCCUCCCAGGAGCUACCACCAGUCACCUCAGUGGAGGUAAUCAGAGGUGUUGGCCAAGGAUAGAGAGGAGGAGGAAAGAGAACUCUGUAGAAUGUAAUUUAUAGAUGCGUGUAUAUGUAUGUAUCUAUUUAUAUGUAAAUAACACAUAUAAAGAUAUAGAGAUAUAUAGA